AUGGCUUUCACGAAAUCUCUAGUUUCUUUUGUGCUCUUCUCUCUCUUCGUCUCUGCAUUUUCUCUCUCUACAGAGACUCGAUCCCAGGAGAGUCUGAGAGAGGCUCGACAAUGUCGAAUCGAUCGCAUUCCGACGAGUCGACCGGCUCGACGCAUACAGAGUGAGGGAGGACACACUGAGAUUUGGGAUGAGUACGAGGACCAGUUUCUGUGUGCUGGUGUCGCUGCUAUUCGCAACACUAUUCACCCCAACUCUCUCUCUCUACCCAACUUCGAACCAGCUCCACGCCUAGUGUAUAUCCAAAAAGGGCGAGGCAUCAUAAGCAUUGUAUUCCCGGGUUGUACAGAGAGCUUCCAGUCACAGGGAUAUAUUAGAACCAGAGUUGGAGGAGAGGGGCAACAGCAGCAGGGCAUCAAAGACCGGCACCAAAAGGUUCAGACCAUCAAACAGGGAGACGCGAUUGCUAUACCCGCAGGUGCUGCUCAUUGGUGCUACAACGAUGGUUCUGAAGACCUCAUUGCCUUCUCUAUCACUGAUGUCACCAAUGACGCCAAUCAGAUUGAGCAAAGUUUGAAGUCGUUCUACUUAGCUGGUGGGCAACCAAGGAGGGGUCAGGAAGAGGGCCAGCAAGAGCAAGAGCAAGAGCAAGAGCAAGAGAGACAAAACUCUGUAAACGUUAUCAACGAACUCAACGCGGAGCAACUCGCUGAGGCAUUUGCGGUGCCAAUCGAGUUGAUUCGAAGUUUGCAGAAGCCAGAUGAGAGGGGUUGGAUUGUGCGCGUGGAGAAAGAAUCGCUGGGAGUUAUCAGACCCGAUGAGGAGGAGGAAGAGAGAGAAAGGUACAGUGAGAGGAGCAACGGUUACGAAGAGAGAGAAUGCAAUGCUAGGAUCAGGCAAAACAUUGAUAACCCACGUAGGGCUGACAUCUACUCUCGCCAAGCUGGUCACAUUCAAAUUGUGAAUAGGCAGACGCUUCCAAUCUUGAGCAUACUGGACAUGAGCAUUGAGAAGGGCCACCUUCACCCGAAUGCCCUCUAUGCCCCCCACUGGACAAUAAACGCGCACACCAUCGUCCUCAUCACCCGCGGCGAGGGCAACAUUCAGGUGAUCGGCACCAAUGGCCGAAAGGUCAUGGAUGACCGGGUUCACGAGGGUGACGUCUUUGUGAUCCCACAAUACUUCACGGCAAUGAGCAAGGCAGGCAACGAGGGCCUGGAGUGGGUGGCUAUCAAGACCUCAGACCUCCCCAUGAAGAGUCCAAUUCUUGGCCAUGCCUCAGCCAUCAAGGGAAUUCCCAUUGAAGUCUUGAAGAAUGCUUAUAAGAUCACUACACAGGAGGCCCGAGAUAUCAAACUCAACAGAAAGGAUCAGUACAUGCUUUUGCCACCAAGAUCCACCUCUUCUAGACCAUGA